AUGAGAGCAGGUAGAGAGUUUAGGGCAAGACUCCUUCCAGCUUCAGCAACUGGAAUUUGGGCAACACAGAAAAAAUCAAAUAUGAUGAAGAACGAAGAAACGAGUUUUAAUGUGGACAGUACCCAAGCCUCUCCCUUCUCCCGCUGCCUGCAGCCACUGAGCCCUGUUACAAAGCCACACAGAACAACUCCAUUUGGUGAAGAAUUCAGACCUCACCUCUCACAUUUCCGCUAUGGCCCUCCUUCCCUGGGAGACAUGGAAACAUUCCAGGGGUCCUUGGAAGGAGGGUCUCGGAAACGCAAGAGCAUGCCAACAAAAAUGCCUCUUUCUAUCACCCUCGAGGGCUCCUCAUCACCACCAGACAGACCUGAAGAUCACAAUGACAUAGGCUCUUCCAGUCUCCCCUUGGUGUUCCAACAGCCAGCACAGACCAAGUACAGUUCCCAGAUGAUUGACCUCUGCAACUUUGGUUUUCAGUUCUACAGAACUCUGGAGCACUUUGGAGCCAAGCCCAUUAAGCAAGAACCAGCAAAGCCUAACAUGGCAUGGCCCAGUAGCCCAGCAUUCAUGCAGGCUCCUUACCCUUAUUAUCCUAAAGUCCACUCUGGCUUAAUGUUUCCUUUUAUUGUGCCACCCAACUUUCAUUUCAGGAACGCCUUUCAAAUGAAAAGACUUCCAGAGCCACCCUUCAGGAGGGCUGAAGUAAGAGAAAGUGGUGAAAAUAAACAGAAAGUGGAAAGAGUAGAUGUCAACCUUCAGAUAGAUGACAGUUACUAUGUUGACGUGGGGGGUGAACAGAAACGCUGGCAAUGUCCCAUGUGUGAGAAGUCCUAUACAUCCAAGUACAAUUUGGUCACCCAUAUCUUGGGGCACAGCGGCAUUAAGCCACAUGCUUGCACCCGAUGUGGCAAGCUUUUCAAGCAGCUGAGCCACUUGCACACACAUAUGUUGACACACCAGGGCACUCGGCCACAUAAGUGCCAGGUGUGCCACAAGGCUUUCACUCAAACUAGUCACCUUAAGAGACACAUGAUGCAACACAGUGACAUCAAGCCUUACAACUGCAGGAUCUGUGGCAGAGGUUUUGCCUACCCCAGCGAGCUGAAAGCACACGAGUCAAAGCAUGAGAGUGGCCGAGAGAACAUUUGUGUGGAGUGUGGUCUGGACUUCCCAACCUUGGCCCAGCUGAAGAGACACUUAACAACCCACCGUGGCCCUAUACAGUACAAUUGCACUGAAUGUGAUAAGACCUUCCAGUACCCGAGUCAGCUGCAAAACCACAUGAUGAAGCACAAAGACAUCCGCCCGUACAUCUGCACUGAAUGUGGCAUGGAGUUUGUGCAGCCCCACCAUCUCAAACAACACUCCCUAACUCACAAGGGUGUGAAAGAGCACAAAUGUGGAAUUUGUGGCCGGGAAUUUACUCUGCUGGCCAACAUGAAGCGACAUGUCCUGAUCCACACCAACAUCAGAGCCUAUCAAUGCCAUUUGUGUUUCAAGAGCUUUGUGCAAAAGCAGACUCUCAAAGCCCACAUGAUUGUUCACUCUGAUGUCAAACCCUUUAAAUGCAAGCUGUGUGGAAAGGAAUUUAACAGAAUGCACAAUUUAAUGGGACACAUGCACUUGCACUCGGACAGUAAGCCUUUCAAGUGCCUCUACUGUCCCAGCAAAUUCACCUUGAAGGGGAACCUAACCAGGCACAUGAAAGUCAAACAUGGGGUCAUGGAAAGAGGAUUUCAUUCUCAAGGUUUUGGAAGAGGAAGAAUUGCUCUGUCCCAAACAAAUGUCUUGAGAAGCCUGGAACAGGAAGAGCCCUUUGAUCUUUCCCAGAAAAGCCAAGGGAAGGGAAUCUCAUUUCAUUCGGAUGGUGAGAGUGCCAAGGGAAGCUCAUGCCAGGAAGAAGAGGAAGACAACUGCUAUGAGGCAGAGCGGUACAGCCCUGCCAUGUACCGCUAUGAUGACAACAAGCUGUACGUGGCUCAAGAUCUGUCUGGCAAACCUGAGUGCAUGAUGAAGGACUUCAGAGAGUCCUACUGCAAUGAGAAGGAAGAAGUGCUAAGUGAGGCAGGACUGGAGAAGAGAAUAGGAAAUUCAGACAAACAGGGGAGCCAAGGAGAGAGAGACCUUGCAAACAACAAAGAACACCUCGGCUUUAGAUCUUUUGAAAAAGCCAGACUUGGCCACUCUCUCUCUGAUUACCUGUAUUUCAAGCACAGGAACAAGAGUUUGAAAGAAUUGCUGGAAAGAAAAAUGGAAAAACAAACAAUGCUUAUAGGCAUUUAAAAUGGACAUUUUAAAACAGCUGAAAAAUGGGAACCAGAUAGCUUUUAACAUGAACUGUAAUUUACUAAAGGCUGGAAUUUUGUAGUA